ACUCAGCAAGUCGAGCAUCAUCUAUAGGGAGGAAAGUUUAUUUCCUUUUAUAGAAGCUGCCUGGAUUGCUGGACUGCUACAGCAUUCUGUGUGUGUUGUUCAAAAUUUCCAACAUUCGUAGAAUCUCCUGUGCCGAUCGGUCAAAGCAUCCUGCCGGUCAAAAUCUUCCCUCUUUGGGCUGGUGCAUCAACCUGGAAGUACUUUUGGAGGUCACGGAAAGAUGGCGCUGCCUAGGUACCGCUGAACCGAGCCUUUGCAAAAAAAGUAAUGAUGGAGGUCAGGGAGUUUAUGUCGUCGUUAGUGGCCGGUGGUAUGGCAGGGACGUGCGUGGAUCUGACCCUGUUCCCACUGGACACGGUGAAAACCAGACUACAGAGUCAGCAAGGGUUUUACAAGGCUGGAGGAUUUCGUGGGAUUUAUGCUGGAGUUCCUUCUGCAGCUAUAGGAUCUUUUCCCAAUGCUGCUCUUUUCUUUGUAACCUACGAGUGCACAAAGUCUGUGCUGGGUCCACUGCUAUCUACUAAAGAGGCUCCACUUAUUCAUAUGUUUGCUGCUUCUUUAGGAGAGUUGGUGGCAUGUAUCAUUAGGGUUCCUACAGAAGUUGUCAAGCAGCGGUCCCAAGCUUGCCCCACUCUGGGUGCUCACCAGGUGUUAAUUGAGACAAUAAAACAAGAGGGUAUCCUAGGACUCUACAGAGGCUUUGCAAGUACAGUGAAGCGAGAGAUUCCCUUUGCUGUGGUUCAGUUUCCCUUGUGGGAGUUUCUGAAGGCCCUGUGGUCAUGGAAGCAAAAUCAUGCGGUUGAUUCUUGGCAGUCAGCAGUUUGUGGAGCAUUUGCAGGUGGCUUUGCAGCUGCAGUCACCACACCUCUUGAUUUGGUAAAAACAAGAAUCAUGUUAGCAAAGAAAGGUACUACGACAGCCAGUGGAAAGGUGCUACCAAUCCUGAGCCAUAUUUGGAAGACUCAAGGGAUUUCUGGCUUAUUUUCAGGUAUUGUCCCCAGAGUUACGUACAUCAGUCUUGGAGGUUUUAUUUUUUUAGGAACAUACGAUAAAAUCCACAAAGUGCUUCUAUAAUAUCAGGAAUGUGGCUGUAAUAUAAUUGAAC